UGCUAAGCAGCGGCGUCGCGUCCUCCUCGGCUUUGCCUGUUCUAAAGAUGGGGGACCCCGAAGGGGAUGUUUUGCGGGGAACCUUUCCCAGCUUCAUGGCUGAAGGCGCGAUGCUCAGCCGGCGGGAGGAACUUACCAAAGCUCUCGCCUGUUAUUCCUACGCCUUGCAGCUUCAGCCAGGGGACAGAAAUUGCCUUGUUUCCCGUUCAAAAUGCUACCUGAGACUAGGAGAUACAGAAAAUGCAUUGAAGGAUGCAGAAGCCUCUCUGGCAGCUGACAAGGAAUUUACCAAGGGAUUGUAUCAGAAAGCAGAGGCUCUGUAUACCAUGGGGGAUUUUGAAUUUGCUCUUGUCUAUUACCACCGAGGUCACAAGCUUCGCCCAGAGCUGGAGAAAUUCAGGCUCGGCAUUCAGAAAUCCCAGGAAGCAAUAGAAAAUUCUGUUGGAAGCCCUUCUUCUGUGAAACUGGAGAAUAGAGGGGACCUCUGCUUUCUGAGUCGCCAGGCAGAGAGUAAAAAGGCAAAACAGAAGCAACAAAUCAAAUUUCCCAAAAAGGAUGCAAAGUACUUAAAUAAACAACAGGAGCCAGUAAAGAAUGAGAAAACAGAACGGCAGCUUCUUGGAGAGCUCUAUGUUGACAAGGCUUUUCUGGAGAAAUUGCUCAAGGAUGAAGACUUGGUCAAAAGCACUACAAAGCAAGGAAUAUCUGUUGGAGACCUGAUCCAAGAAGGACUUUCUUAUCUGGACACACGCACAGAAUUUUGGCAGCAACAAAAGCCUAUUUAUGCCCGAAUUAGAGAUCGUAGACUCAUGCUGAAGAGAUGGACAAGAGAUCAGAAGAGGAAGCCUUCUGAAGUGGCCAGAUAUAUUUUGAAAAGCAUGGAAGAUAUUGACAUGUUACUGACCAGUGGGUGUCCUGAAAGAAGCAUCCAGAAAGCUGAGCAAGUGCUGAAAAAGAUCCAAGGUUGGUCUGAUGAUGAGAUUCCCAACAGAAGUGAGCUGGUUGGAAACCUCUACAGUUGUGUUGGAAAUGCCCAGAUAGAGAUGGGGAACAUUGAAGCAGCUUUGCAGAGCCAUCGUGUGGAUCUGGGCAUUGCCAGAGAAAACAACUUGACCGAUGCCAUAUCCAGAGCUCUUGACAAUAUUGGCCGAGCAUACGCUCGGAUGGGCAACUUCCAAGAAGCCAUUGAAACCUGGGAAGAAAAGAUUCCACUUGUGAAGAGCAAUUUGGAGAGGACUUGGUUAUUUCAUGAAAUUGGUAGAUGCUACCUAGAACUUAACAGAGCUGCUGAAGCCCGGGACUAUGGUGAGAGGUCCUUGCAGUGUGCAGAAGAGGAAGGAGACAUUGAGUGGCAGCUGAAUGGCGGGGUGUUGGUGGCAUAAGCAGAAGUGAAACUGGAGGAUUUCCAAUCAGCAGUCACGUACUUUGAGAAGGCUCUGGAGAAGGCGAAACGCAUCCAUAAUGAUGCAGCUCAGCAGGCAAUUAUAAUUGCCCUAGAUGAAGCCAACAAAGGAUUCAUCAAGGAGUUGAAAGAAGAACAGAGACUUGAGAGGUUGCGAGAACUGAGAGAAUUAGAUGAUGAGAAAGAAGAGGAGGAGGAGGAGGAAGAGAAGGAGGAGGAGGAAAAAGAAGAAGAAAAGGAAGAGAACAAAAAGGAUACAGAUGAUACAAAAACAGAAGAGGAUGUCACAGUGAAAGUACAAGAAAGUGAGGAGUCUGAGAAAACCGAAUCUGAAGGCGAGAAACAGGUAUCAAGCUCAGAGGGAGGAGAAAUACUUACUUCUGAGGAUGGUGAGAUGCAAGAGGUGGAGGGAGGACAGAAACAAGGAGAAACUGAUGAAGAAGAAGAGAGGCAAGGAGGAACUGGGGGAGAAACUACAACAGAGGAUGAUGAUGACAUUGAAAAGUCAAGCAAGGAUAUUCCAGGAUGAAGCUUGUGAAAAUCUGAUCUUGGGGACUCUGGGUUUGUAACCUUGGCAUUGUCUUAUCUCAUUAUCAUCCAUUUUUCAGUCUACAAUAUUCUCUUCCAAAGUAAUUCCUGAUCAUUUUGUACGUCACUUAAAAAGAAACAUGUUGCAUUUAUUUUAAGUGAGUUCCAAGAAUGUGAAAAAACUGUAAUUUCACACAAGACAUUCAAAUUCUAUAACUUGGUAAUUCAGAUAAAAUAAAAGAUAUUUCAAAUGGCACCUGCAGUUAUACAUGGUAGCAUUUACUUUUCAUGGACCAGCUAAAUUUGGUAGAAUGAGUUCACAAAUUAGUUCAUGCUAUAAUCUCUAUUUAAUAAUGUAGUCAAACAAAUAUUUUCUGAGGUGAAGGGAAGCCCUGUUAUUUAUUAUUUGAAUUUAUAUCCCGCACCAGUUACCAGUUAUAUUGCUCAAGAUCUGCCACCACACAGAUGCAUCCACAAAAUUAUGUCUUUCAUGCCUGAUCUGUUCACAAAUGAUCUGGAGUGAAGGGUCAGUGCCCAGAGGUAUCCAAGUUUCCAUCCUAAAUUAGUUAGGAUGGUUAAAAUAAAGACUCAGUGUAGAACUCCAGAAAGAUCACUCUAAUCCGUGGGAAUGAGGACCAAUCUAAUAAAUGCAGUUGAAUGCAAGCAAAUGUAGAGUGAUGCAUACUAGGGGAAAAACACACAUGUACACUUAACUUUACAUAUACUGUAUGGUGAUAACUAUGGAGCUCCAAGGGAAAGCUCACUUAAAAUAUUAACCAGUUUGCAGCCUCUGUGGAAAAGGCAAAAUCUAUG